CCUGAUGCCACCUUCUCCUCCCCUAUCACACACGGGACACAGCUCAGCAGCAUCAUCGCAUCGCCCCCCGUCUCCAUUUCUUUGUCUCUCUCUCUGGUCUUAAAAAUCGAACGCGGCCGCCGGACGCGCAUUGCUCUUCCUCCCUCCCCGGUUCGCCUCCCCUGCUCCUCCGCUUCUCUCCCGGGGCCAGGUGUUCUUGGAGAUACAGCCUCUGGAGCUGCUGCUACUGCUGCUGCCGACGCCGCCGCCGGUGGUCUCGUAGGUGGCGGGUCCGCAAUGGGGAGGGGCAGCCGCGCCUGCUCCGUCCUUGGCUCCGCCCUGCUCCUGCUGCUGGUCUCGCUCGGCUCCGCCGCCGCGCAGAAGGGCUCCACCUGGAAGACCCUGAGUGGCAAGGCUCCAGUGAUCAUUGCUAAGGGCGGGUUCUCGGGCCUUUUCCCAGAUUCCAGUGAUCUUGCUUAUCAGUUUGUUCCUAUUGCUAGCUCUCCUGACACAGCCCUGCUGUGUGAUGUUCGGUUGACCAAAGAUGGUGCUGGAAUCUGCCUUCCCAACAUAAAGAUGGACAACUGUACGUUCAUAUCUGAUGUUUUCCCACAGGGUAAGAGCACUUACAAUGUUAAUGGUGUAUCUACGACGGGGUGGUUCUCCGUGGACUUCACAAGCACUGAUCUGCAAAACGUAACCUUGAGGCAAUCGAUCUUUUCCCGUCCAUCUUACUUUGAUGGUUCCAUGCAAAUAGUUCCUGUUGAAGCUGUUCUGUCCGUAUUUAAGGCCCCUGCUGUUUGGUUAAAUGUGCAGCAUGACAGUUUCUACAGCCAGUUUAAGCUCAGCAUGAGAAGCUAUAUCCUGUCUCUGUCAAAACAAUACAUUGCCGACUACAUCUCAUCGCCUGAAGUGAACUUCCUCACCAGCAUAUCUGGAAGAGUUAGCAAAAGGACAAAGCUUGUGUUCCGCUUUCUUGAUGAACGCUCCAUUGAGCCAUCUACAAACCAGACAUAUGGUUCAAUGUUGAAAAAUCUGACUUUCGUCAAAACUUUUGCUUCUGGAAUACUUGUCCCCAAAAACUAUAUUUGGCCUGUGACACCAGACAAUUAUCUGCUCUCCUAUACAUCAGUCGCUGCUGAUGCUCAUAAAGCAGGGCUAGAAAUCUAUGCUGCUGAUUUUGCAAAUGACUUUACUAUCAGCUACAACUACAGCUAUGAUCCAUUAGCAGAAUACCUUUACUUCAUUGAUAAUGAUGCCUUCUCUGUUGAUGGUGUAUUGACUGAUUUCCCUAUCACUCCUUCAGAGGCAGUUGGCUGCUUUAGUAACCUGAACAACAGCAAGACAGAUCAUGCUAAGCCUCUAGUUAUCUCUCAUAAUGGUGCCAGUGGUGACUACCCAGACUGCACUGAUCAAGCUUAUCAGAAGGCAGUUGAUGAUGGUGCAGAUGUCAUUGACUGUCCUGUUCAAGUGACCAAAGAUGGCAUACCAAUAUGCAUGAGUUCAAUUGACCUAAUUGAUGUUACUAAUGUUGCAAAAUCAGAAUUUGCUUCGCAAACAACUACCAUAAAUGACCUGAAAGCUGGUCCUGGAGUCUUUACCUUCAACCUCACUUGGGAUGAUAUUUCGAAGAACCUGAAGCCCAUGAUAUCAAGCCCAAUGAACAAAUACCUACUAUUCAGAAAUCCAAGAAACAAGAAUGCUGGGAAUUUCAUGAGGCUAUCAGACUUUUUGGCCUUUGCAAAAGACAAGGAUUUGUCGGGAAUCAUGAUCACGGUAGAGAAUGCUGCAUUCAUGGCAGAGAAACUUGGAUUUGGUGUGGUAGAUGCAGUGAUCAAAGCCCUUGAUGACUCUGGUUACAACAAACAGACCGCCCAGAAAGUUAUGAUUCAGUCAACCAACAGUUCGGUUCUAGUGAAGUUCAAGCAGGAAACCAAGUACGACCUUGUCUACAUGAUCGAAGAAUCUGUCAGAGAUGCUGCACCUUCCUCCCUUGCAGAUAUUAAGAAGUUUGCUAGCGCUGUUUCUGUCAACACCCAAUCCGUUUUCCCAACAACUAACCAAUUCUUGAUAAACCAGACCAACAAGCUUGUUCCCACCCUGCAAUCUGCUGGCCUUUCAGUUUAUGCUUAUGUGCUCAUGAAUGAGUUCACUUCUCAACCAUAUGACUUCUUCUCGGACGCCACCGCACAGAUCAAUGCGUAUGUGCAAAGUGCUAAGGUGGACGGAAUCAUCACUGAUUUCCCUGGGACUGCUCACAGAUACAAAUUGAACUCCUGCAUGGGAAAGAAUGCACCUGACUUUAUGCGGCCUGCGCAGCCAGGGGGGCUCAUUUCAGUCAUGGACCAACGUGCUCAGCCGCCAGCGGCGGCUCCAAUGCCACUCUUGACAGACUCUGACGUCGCAGAACCACCUCUACCUCCGCACUUCAUGGUGGUCCUCCGGCCCGACCCGGCACGGACAGGCGCUGGUCUUCGAUUUCCAGCCGCGGGACCCGGAGGACGUCGGCGCCGCGCUGGCGGUGCUGUCGCGGAGCGAGAUACCCGGACCUCGACGUCGCGGCUGAUUCGUUGCGUUUGUCUCCGAGUGGGUGUUUCAGGCGUGGUUCGGAGAAGAACGCUGCGGAGGGUCCCGGACCGGCGGUGCUGGCUCGUCGGGCACUGCUGCGACGGGGACGCCGUGGGCGCCGCCGACAGGUUCAGCGAGCGGUGGCCGACCGGCCUGGUCGUCGGGGAGCACGACUGCCGGGACUACACCAAUGGGCUGGUCGAGGUCCUGACAGGUGAAAAACGUGUCCUGGAGGCGCUCAGAUCCGGCGGCAGCACCAGCAUCAGCGGGGCGGCGCCGCCGUGGUAUGGAUGAUCUAAAUACCACUGCCAGUGUGUAGUACAUGAUGAAGUAUCUACCGUCUUUUGUGGCUUCUAACUGGAGACCAAUGUGAGAUUGCAAGGAAAUGAGGCGAGAAACUAAGAAGCGGCCCUGGGCAAUGGUGUAUGACACUUCCCUGGAGAUCGAGGCAAAGCUGAAGUAGCAAUGCUGAUCCAUGAAAUCAGGUGAAGUUCACUGAACGAGAAGGUGUCGGUUCGAUCUGCUGUCAGUAUCUUUUGCCCUAUAAACUAUAAAUGAUACUGGUAUACUAAAUAGCAAGUACUACCUUAACUGAACAAUGAUCACCCUGUCCAUCCCUCGAGAAAAACUUAAACUUGAGAGGAAACAUGGGCAUCCUCCUCCAUCAGAAGCAACAAAAUGGAUGCAUCAUCCAUGACAAACAAAUCCCAAACUUUCCUGUA